AUGAGUUUAAGGACCAAGCGUAUUAGCACCAGCUCCUCAGCGAGGAUCCUAGGAAAGCCUGGCGGGUACAGCUAUGGCAGCCCCUUCUCCAGCAUCUCCACCAGUGGCAGCCCGGGCUUCAGCAGCACCUCUGUCUAUGCGGGCACUGGCGGCUCCUCCAGCAGCUCCAUCACGGCACUGUCUGUCAACAGGAGCUUGCUGGCCCCUCUCAACCUGGAGAUCGACCCCGACAUCCAUGCCGUCCGCACCCAAGAGAAAGAGCAGAUCAAGAUCCUCAACAAUCGCUUUGCCUCUUUCAUCAAUAAGGUCCGCUUUUUGGAGCAACAAAACAAAAUGCUGGAGACCAAAUUGGAGCUAGUCAGGGGACAGAGCACGGGCCGCUCCAACAUCGAGCCCCUCUUUGAAGUGUACAUCGCUAACAUACGACGCCAGCUGGACGUGGUCAACAAUGACAAGACCAAGCUGGACAGAGAGCUGAAGAACAUGCAGGGGCUGGUGGAGGACUUCAAACAAAAGUAUGAAGAUGAAAUUAAUAAGAGAAAUGGCCUAGAAAAUGACUUUGUGGUGCUGAAAAAGGAUGUUGACUCUGCUUACCUGGUAAAAGCCGAUCUGGCGGACAUGGUUGCCAACCUAACCGACGAAAUAAAUUUCUUGAGGGCAAUGUAUGAAGAGGAGAUCCGUGAGCUCCAGUCAGGCGUCAAGGACACUUCUGUUAUUGUGCAAAUGGACAAUUCCCGAGACCUUAACAUGGAUCAGAUCGUGGCGGAGGUGAAGGCUCAGUACGAAGAAAUUGCUGCCAAGAGCCGUGAGGAAGCAGAAUCCUGGUACAAGAAUAAGUUUGACCAGAUGUCUAUCCAGGCCAAUCAAUAUAGUGAUGAGUUACGCACAACAAAGAGCGAGCUUGCCGAGGUCAACCGUAUGAUCAGCCGUCUGCAGACUGAGAUUGAGGCUGUCAAGGGACAGCGUAUGAACUUUGAGAACCAGAUCAUUGAGGCAGAAGGUCGUGGAGAGCUGGCUAUCAAAGAUGCCAUGGCUCGUGUCCGGGACCUGGAGAAAGCACUGCAAAAUGCCAAGCAAGACAUGGCCAGGCAGCUGAGGGAGUACCAGGAGCUAAUGAACGUCAAACUAGCCCUGGACAUCGAGAUUGCCACCUACAGGAAGCUGCUGGAGGGAGAGGAGGACAGAAUUAAAAAAGAGCCCAUUGUCAAUAUUCAGGCUGUGCCCAACCACAGCUCCAAACUGGCAAAUGAGUACCAGCAGAAAAACAGCUCCUCUAACCCAAAGCUUCUGAUUAAGAUGGAGACCUGGGACAGCAGGAGACUCAGCUCUAAUUAG